GUAGAAGUUAAGGUUCCACAAAAGAGACCAGAAAGGAGACGAAACAGUUGUACGAUUUGUAGCAACUUUGAGAAAGCUGGCGGAACACUGUGAAUUUAAGGAGAUAUUAAAUGAGGUUAGUGUGUGGCCUGCACAGUAAAGCUAUACGGAAACACCUAUUGACAGAGGCCCAGCUUACCUUACAGAAGGCCAUUGAUAUUGCUGUCUCCAUGGAACUGGCUACAAAGGAGGCACAAGCCAUCAAUGCAUCCCCUAGGGUGCAUAAGGUAUCACAAGAACCUACCCACAAAACUCUGGGGAGUCAGGAAUGUUACCACUGUGGUAAGCCAGGUCAUCGUGCAUCAGAAUGCUGGUGUAUGGACCCUGUGUGUUGAUACUGUGGCAAAAAGGGACACAUUGAGUGUGCCUGUAAACAAAAGAAAAAAAGGCCUGUGGUCUGGCCGACCAAAAAGGGAAAUCUGCAUACCCUAGAGCAGACCCAGGAUGACCAAGGAGAUACCUCCUCACAAGAAGAGCCACUCCACGUUUUGUCUUUGGCAGUGGGCUCACAUGAAUACUGGGUAACCCCGCUGUUGGACGGCAAACCUAUACGCAUGGAACUGGAUACCAGUACAGCCCUCUCACUGGUCUUAGAGACUGUGUAUAAAGAAAAGCUACAGCAUCUUCCACUUAAAGCAACAAAAACAGUGCUGAAGACAUAUACGGGAGAAGCUGUGCCCAUGUUGGGCACUACUGAUGUUAAGGUGGAGCUCAAUGGACAGGCUGCUAAAUUGCCACUGUUUGUGGUGAGAGGUAAUUACCCAGCCUUAAUGGGUAGGUCUUGGCUUAGGAAGAUCCAGCUGAAUUGGGCAGAAGUGCACCAAGUGACUAAAGAAGAAACCGGUCUGACCACUAUACUAAGGAAACAUGCUGCUGUUUUUGGAGAGGAUCUGGGAAGUAUGAAGGGAAUCACUGUGACACUGAACGUUAAACCUGACAGUCCACCAAAAUAUCUGAAAGCCAGAACUGUGCCAUAUGCCAUCAGGCCGAAAGUCAAAGCAGACCUGGAGCUCCUGGUCACAAAUGGAGUCCUAAUACCAGUUACUCACAGCCCAUGGGCAACUCCUAUUGUUCCAAUAGUGAAGAAAGAUGGCUCCCUCCGGAUUUCUGGUGAUUUUAAAGACACUGUCAACCCAGUGUUAUGUGCAGAGCAAUACCCGCUUCCCCGCAUCAAUGACCUCUUUGCAGGCCUGGCUGGGGGACAAAAGUUCAGUAAGAUUGAUCUGAGUCAAGCACAUUUACAGAUGCACAUUGAUGAAAAGUCCCAAGAGCUGUUGACUAUUGUGACGCAUAAGGGGCUUUAUCGAUACUGUCACCUACCCUUCAGAAUAACAUCUGCUCCCACCCUGUUCCAGAGGGCUAUGGACCAGAUCUUGUGUGGCUUGCCAGGAGUGCAGUGUUAUCUGGAUGAUAUCCUGGUCACUGGAAGGAAUGAGGAGGAUCACCUAAGGAAUUUAGAGGCUACCCUACAAAGACUGGAAGAGUAUGGACUGCGAGUCCGCAAAGACAAGUGUGAAUUCUUCCAGCCCUCUGUUGAAUAUUUGGGACACAUCACUGAUGCUACAGGUCUUCGUAAGGCCCCUGCCAAGGCUAAGGCUAUUGUGGAGGCUCUCCCUCCUGGAAAUGUUAGCCAGCUUCACUCGUUUCUAGGACUAUUGAACUAUUAUGGAAAGUUUAUCUCACAGUUAGCCACACUGCUAUAACCACGUCAUGAACUCCUUGGGCAGAACAAGGCCUGGAAGUGGACUGAAGCCUGUAAUGUUGCAUUUAACAAAGCUAAGGGAGCAUUGCUAAAUUCUUAAGUUCUGACGCACUGUGAUCCGUCCUUACCCCUACAGUUGGCCUGCAAUGCAUCUCCUUAUGGAGUGGGAGCAGUCGUAUCACACAUUAAUGCCUUCAGGAGAAGAGAGACCUAUUGCUUUUGCUUCACGCACUCUAAGCAAAGCAGAAACUAACUAUGCCCAAAUCGAACGUGAGGCAUUGGGAAUCGCUUUUGGAAUUCGGAAGUUUCAUCAGUACCUGUUUGGAUGGAAGUUUACUCUUCUCACUGACCAUCGAUCCCUGACUUCAAUUUUUGGACCCCACACAGGCAUUCCUCCAUUAGCCGCUAGUCGUAUGCAAUGGUAGGCGUUGCUGCUUUCCGCGCACACAUAUGAAAUCAAAUAUAGGAAAUCCACUCUGUACGGCAAUGCGCAUGAUCUCUCAAGGCUGCCGUUGCCCAUCAACCGUCGAGAUAUUGCCCAGAAGAAAAUCUUUUACUUUGAACAAGUAGAGAAUACAUCUAUCACCGCUAUUCAGGUAAAGGACGCAACUCGAGUUGACCCAAUAUUGUCCCAAGUUAUGGACCUGGUGAUGCAUGGAACAUCUCGGCGAACCUUUCUGGUCUCACCUGACCUUGUUACCUACAUGUCCAGGAGGACGGAGUUAUCAAUCCAAUCUGGUUGUUUGUUGCAGGGAGACGUAUCAUUAUCCCACCACCACUGAGAUCACAGAUGUUAAAACAGCUCCAUUCCGGUCACUCUGGAAUAGUGCGCAUGAAGGAAAUUGCAUAAUGCUAUUUUUGGUGGCCUGGGUUGGACAGUGCUAUUGAAGAGAAGGCAAGAGCUUGUAUGUCAUGUUAGGGUGGGUGUGAGGAAUGCACCCCAGUGGGCACCCCUACAUCUAUGGGACUGGCCUGAAAAGCUGUGGCAACGUAUUCACGUUGACUUCGCUGGCCCCCUUGAAGGAAGCAUGUUCUUGGUGGUGGUAGAUGCCUAUUCUAAAUGGCCAGAAGUAUCUAUAAUGCAGUCCACUACUGCACAGAGUACUAUCCAAAAACUACGAGUACUCUUUAGUCGUUUCGGUCUGCCAGAACAACUUGUGAGUGACAACGGACCGCAGUUCAUCUCUCAGGAGUUUCAGAAGUGUAUGAAGGCAAAUGGGAUACAUCACAUCACUUCAGCACCGUAUCAUCCAUCCACUAAUGGAUUAGCUGAAAGAUUUGUGCAGACAGUGAAAUAAGCUUUGAAAUCGGUAAGGGGACAAUUAUUCAUUCAAAAGCAUCUGGACACCUUCUUACUAUCCUACAGAAACACACCUCAUGCUACAACCAAGGCAUCCCCGGCCUUUCUAAUGAUGAGACGACAGCUGCGCACUUGCUUUGAUCUGCUGAAACCUUCUGAACCCCGACAAAUUGUGCAACGUCAGCAACAAGAUCAAAUCAUCAGGCGUGCACCCAGAGCAAAAGACCAAAUCUUUAGCCCGGUACAGCUGGUUUUGGCUCGGAAUUAUACUUCUAGAGCUAAAUGGGUCCCUGCCAUUGUCAUACCUCAAAUGGGACCUGUUUCCUACAGCGUCUGGACUGCAGAGGAUCUCACCUGGCAGCGACAUGUAGAUCAGCUCCUGCCAGGUCAUACCAGUCCUCAGGACACAUCAUCAGUUGAGUUGCCUGACUUCACUACCUCCGGCGAGACAUCGAAUCAAGAGUCACCUGUUCUUGACUUUUCCCCUCCAUUACUGCUAGCGGCAGAGAUACCUCUCUGCCCGGCACGAGCUGAUACCCCAUCCUCACCCCUUCGCCCUACGAACCCUGAGCCCAUUGUCAGGCCUGUGCCCAAGACACUCUCGGGUGAAACAACACCAGAAGUCCGCCAUAAUCCACCUAGAGACAGAAAGUCUCCUCGUCGGCUGGAUCUUUAGCUAGGGCGAACCCGGUUAUGGGGCAAAAUAAUCUUCGGGGUUUAGCCAGGAAUGGAGGCAGUCUACCCUCCUUCUCUAGUUAGUGUUUGUUUUAUUUUGGAGACAUUCUUAUUAAGGGGGGAGGAAUAUGUUGUGUAUUUGUUUGUCAUGGUAAAAGAAUCUUGUGUUGCUAUGGCAACUGAGUCGGAUUAUUAGGGGAUAGCCCAGCCUGUUUGGCUGGCUGUUGGUUAGUUCUGUGGUAGCAAUAAA